AUGAGUCGGAACUUAGCAAAUCUGUCAAGCUGCGUCUCGGCAGUCAUCAUAACAGCAUCUCUUUUCUACAUUCCAUAUUUACUCGCCCGUAUGGAUGAAAUACGAGAGACUAUUAAUGUUAAAAUGGAUAAAUUUAGGGAAUUAGAUGAAGAUAUCUGGCAAGAAAUCUCCCACUCACGAAAAAUAAUUUCAAAAUUACGCCCAAAGCGUCAAACUCUAAAAACUUGUAACUGUGAGAACGGAAACCUUUGUCCAGCAGGCCCUCCAGGACGUCCUGGUCUACCUGGUCUUCCUGGUGAGCCCGGACUGCCUGGGCAGAAAGGAAUUCCUGGUCUUCCUGGUAUAGUUCCUCUAAUGGAAAAACAGCAAGAUGCUGGCUGUAUGAAAUGUCCGUCCGGACCAAUCGGACCUCCAGGCCCACCUGGGCCCGCAGGACCACCUGGCGACAAGGGAAAACCCGGAAUCCCUGGCCCAGAUGGAAAAGCUGGAAGUCGCGGUCCUCUGGGUAUGCCAGGACUGCCAGGUAGUCCUGGACCUGAUGGAGAAGUUGGGCCCCCAGGACCACCAGGAGGAGAUGGAACAACGACUAGGAAAGGUCCGCCUGGUCCGGCUGGUCCCAAGGGAUUCCCCGGAAUGCGUGGCGAACCAGGACCUCCUGGGCCACCAGGUACGAAUGGUGAGCCAGGAAGAGAAGGGCAGACGGGACAGCCUGGAGACGCUGGAAUACCAGGCAGUCCAGGAGAACGAGGACCUACUGGACAACGCGGAAAACCUGGAAAAGACGCUCAUUACUGUCCAUGCUCCAAACGACAAUUUUCCGUCCUCAUUAAAUGA